AUGGCUGACACUGUUAUUACCCCGGAGGUCGAGUCCAACGCCGGCACCAUGGAGCUCAAGGAGAACACCGUCAUCGUUGUUCUCGGUGCUUCGGGUGAUCUUGCAAAGAAGAAGACCGUAAGCACAUUUGCCAGUCAAUUGACCUACACGAGGACUCUGCUAAUCAUUCGCACAGNNUUCCCUGCUCUCUUCGGCCUGAACAACUUCCUCCCUAAGAACAUCAAGAUCGUCGGAUACGCACGAAGCAAGAUGGACCAUGCCGAGUUCAUUAAGCGUGUCAAGUCGAACAUCAAGACUCCCACCAAGGAGGUCGAGGACCAACUGGAGGAGUUCUGCAGCUUCUGCACAUACCUCCAAGGCGACAAGUACGAAGAGGACAAAUACUACGAGGGUCUCGAGAAGCAUCUCAGUGAACUCGAGAAGAAGGACAACCAGAAAGAAACUAACCGCAUCUUCUACAUGGCUCUGCCCNCCAGCGUCUUCAUCAUUGUCUCGCAGAUGCUCAAGAAGCACUGUUACCCCAAGAACGGCAUUGCCCGUAUCAUCAAGCCCUUCGGUAAGGACCUUGGCAGCUCCAGAGAGCUACAGCACGCUUUGGAGCCUAACUGGAAGGAGGAGGAGAUCUUCCGUAUUGACCACUACCUUGGUAAGGAGAUGGUCAAGAACAUCUUGAUCCUCAGAUUUGGCAACGAGUUCUUCGGCUCCAACUGGAACCGCAACCACAUCGACAAUGUUCAGCCUUUCGGCACCGAGGGCAGAGGCGGCUACUUCGAUGAGUUCGGUAUCAUCCGUGAUGUUAUGCAGAACCAUCUCCUCCAGGUCCUGACCCUGCUCGCCAUGGAGCGCCCCAUCUCAUUCUCUGCCGAGGACAUCCGUGACGAGAAGGUCCGUGUUCUUCGUGGCAUGCCCNCCAUCGAGCCCAAGAACGUCAUCAUCGGCCAGUACGAGAAGUCGCUUGACGGAUCCAAGCCUUCUUACAAGGAUGAUGAGUCUGUCCCCAAGGGAUCCCGUUGCCCUACUUUCGCCUCAAUGGUCGCCUACAUCAAGAACGAGAGAUGGGACGGCGUUCCUUUCAUCCUCAAGGCCGGUAAGGCUCUCAACGAGCAGAAGACCGAGGUCCGCAUUCAGUUCAAGGAUGUUACCUCUGGAAUCUUCAAGGACAUCCCCCGCAACGAGCUUGUUAUUCGCAUUCAGCCCAACGAGAGCGUGUACAUCAAGAUGAACUCCAAGCUCCCCGGCUUGAGCAUGCAGACUGUGGUCACUGAGCUGGAUCUCACCUACCGCCGCCGCUUCUCCGACCUGAAGAUUCCUGAGGCCUACGAAUCUCUCAUCCUCGACGCCCUCAAGGGUGACCACUCCAACUUUGUCCGUGACGACGAGCUCGAUGCCAGUUGGAGAAUCUUCACUCCUCUUCUCCACUACCUCGAUGACAACAAGGAGAUCGUCCCUAUGGGCUACCCUUACGGUAAGUUCUCUCAAGUGCGUGUCACGUCAAUUAGUACUGAUUUGGAUUGCANNGGCUCUCGCGGUCCUUCCGUUCUCGACGAUUUCACCUCCUCGUACGGCUACAAGUUCAGCGACGCUGCUGGUUACCAAUGGAGCAACCUUCCCGAGAACAAGCUCUAA